AUGAAGAGUUUCGUAAGCGGUUUAUUAGUUAUUUGUGUCUUAAUUAGUUCUACCGAUCCCAGUUUAAGUGCCGAAGAUGAGGCGACGGAUAUCCUGGUGGAUGAUGGGUCAUCAUUAUCCCAGCCAGGGGAUGGGGAGGUGAAGUUAAAAUUAAGUGAUGCAAGUGAACCAAAGCAAGGCCAAGAUCAGGCAUCGCCAUCAUCAGCGGAAGGGCGAAGUUUGACCGCCGAAGAAGAAAUGGAAAAGAAAUCCAAGCCAUUGAGAAGUAUUUUUAUGGGAAUCUACAAGAACUACAAGAGCACCUAUUUGGGUAACAAGACCCUGACGGAGUACAAACAAAAUCUGAGGGAGAAAAUGAAAACAAAACAACAAAAACUUGAGGAAAAUGAAUCGAUACGGGAUGAUGGGGUUGCUGAUGAGACCAAGAAUGCUGAGGAUGAAGACGAUGAGGAAAUUGUAUUCGAAGCCCCAGAUGACCUGGAUGAGGGAGGGGAAGAUAAAAAACUAGAAUUAACCACGAUUCCAACCCAAAAUGGGGAGGGGGAGGAUGAUGUGGCUGUUGUCACAGAAGAAUCUGAUCUCAGCUAUGAACCCAUAACCAACCAAAAAGAACUACAUUUACCCCUUCACAAUCGUAAACAUAGCCCCGUUCCUCCUUCCCCUCCCCCGCCUGAACUGCAAUACAAUGUGGGUCCAGCUCUUAACAUGUCAUUGGAUUUAGACAAUAGCAUAGUUCGUGUUAACCUCGAUGGCGAAAGUCUUAAAGAGCUGGUAACAGGUCGUUGGCUAAGCGAUAGCAGCGAAGAAGGUCGUGGUAAAAAAUACGAAAUGGUGACACGCAUUCUUCCUCUCUUUAUACUCCCGUUCCUCAUACAAUCGGCCAUUGUUCCAUUUCUGGUAACGAAGCUAAAAUUGCUGCUGAUGAAGUCAAUGCUGGUGGGUAAAUUGGCCAUAUUCUUGCUGAUCAUUUCGGCCUUUAGGAAUAGCAAUAAACCGAUGCAGACAUAUGAGGUGGCACCCUCUUAUUGGGCUGGGGAGCCCAGCCGGAGAUCUGAAAUAGCUGCCGCUGCCUCGAAUAUGGCCUACAAUGGUUAUCGGGUAGAGGGCAAGCCAGCGGCAUGGGUUAAUUGAGAAUGGUUUUUAU